CGCCGCUGAAGCGGUGGUUUCUAGUUGCCAGUGUUUGUAUUUGUUUAUUAAUUUAUGUGUUCGAAGUACAACGUUUACGCAUUUGUGUUGAACAAAACGUAUCUCAUUUACGCAAAUAAAGGCUUAUGUGCAGUGAUAGCAACAUUCGAGCAGAAGAGUGAAGAAGGCCUUUAUAGGGGUAAGGCUUGAAGCCUUUUAAUUUGACAAGAUUGUGCAGCUUUCACAUCUUGAUAUACAAGAUGUAUUUGUACAACCUGACUCUACAGCGUGCAUCAGGCAUCACCCAUGCCGUGCAUGGUAAUUUUUCUGGGACACGCACACAGGAACUAGUGGUGUCUCGAGGAAGAUCAUUGGAACUUUUAAGACCUGAUCCAAAUACUGGGAAGGUGCACACCAUUUUGACAACAGACAUAUUUGGCGUUAUUCGUUCAUUGAUGGCAUUCAGAUUGACUGGUGGAAAUAAAGAUUAUGUUGUGGUGGGAUCUGACUCUGGCAGAAUCACCAUUCUAGAAUAUAGUCAGGCAAAAAACCAGUUUGAGCGCAUCCACAUGGAGACGUUUGGUAAAAGUGGACAGGUCCCCUGGGCCUCGGGCUUGGGGGAUAAGCAGUAA